GAGAGACGAGCGACAAGCAGACAUUUUAGCUUCUCACAACGUCUUGGGCUCAAUGAAGAGCAGCUGAGCACUUUGCUGGAGUGGACAGGAUGCAAACGUUUGACUGUGGGCAUGACGACAUUCCUGGCAUCGCGCGACGGGUUCGAGAGCGAGCUGCUCAAAUCUCCUCGUCUCACCCUGAAUGCGCCGCUGCUGGUUAUUGUCCGAGUUGAGGACCACGUCUUCGGAUGCUUCAGCCCUAAACCGGCUGUCAGGAGGAGAUCUGUUGGGCUCACCAACGACUCGUUCCUGUUCCGACUCAAGCCUGGGCCCAUCACGAAGUUGUCAAAGUUGCACCAAGAGCACCCGGGCGUGGAGAUCGUGCCAGACCAGUGCAUUGCGUGCGGCGAACGAGGGGCUGACCUGCUUCUCGAUCUCAAAGUCCCUUUGCGAUCUCGCUCCCUCCUCGGGGGCACAUAUCGAUGUCCUUCAGGUCAAAAUCCGCGCACAUUUCUGGCAGGAUCUUUCACAGGAUGGACUAUCAGCGAAUUUGCAAUUUUACAUCUCAAGGAGUUGUGAAUGCAACAAACUUUGUACAUCUAGCAUAUUUUUUUCGUGUGGAUCAACACUUGAGAGAGUCAUUGAAAUGAUUUUACGC